AUGGCUGGUGGGGUUUCAGUUCUUCCAUCGAAUAUUCAUCUUCUUCUCCUUCUUGUUCUGGUAAGCGUUUCUUGGUGUUGUAAUUUUGUUAAGUGUUCAAAUUCAACCACCAUAUACGAUGAAUUAAGGGCAAAGGGUCUUCCCGUGGGGCUUCUACCCAAGGGAAUAACAAGGUACGAGAUCAACAGUAGUAGUGGCGAAUUCCAGGUUUGGAUGGAAGAACCGUGCAAUGCAAAGUUUGAAAACGAGGUUCACUAUGAUCCGAACAUUAAGGGCACCCUAGAUUAUGGUAAGAUCGGGGAAUUAUCUGGUAUGACUGCUCAGGAACUCUUCCUGUGGUUUCCUGUUAAGGGCAUUCGUGUUGAUCUACCUAGUUCUGGUCUCAUUCAUUUCGAUGUUGGUGUUGCUGAUAAACAAUUCUCUUUAUCCCUCUUUGAAGAUCCUCCUGAUUGUAACCCUCAGGUUAAUGCUGAUAAUGAUGAUGUGUUAAGGGCAAUUUGGUAG